AAAUCUCCAUUAAUGAUGACCAAUAUUUACGCCAACAUCUUUGUGCAGCGGACGGCUCAACAACCACAUCCGGGUAACUGUGGUGACCUUGGUUGGUUGAUCAUCAUGGCGGCUAUCGUCAGGCUGAGUUCUGUUUGUCGUAGAGGAGUCAAACCUCUGUUCUACCAAAGCCCUUUGCUGGCCAGGCCGCUGGUUGUACCGCACAAACACCAGGACCAGCCCUACCUGCUGACUGCAAGGAUUCAUGCGUCACAGGCUCUGUACGCGGGCUCUGGCACCAAAGCCGCCUCUCUGCACUGGACAGCAGAGCGAGUGCUGAGCGUUGUGCUGCUGGCCAUGGGACCCGUAGCCUAUUUUAAUCCCGGUCCUGCCAUGGACUACUCCCUGGCUGCUGCCCUGACCCUGCAUGGACACUGGCUAAUUCCUCUUCCUGGGCUCAAAAUAAGGCCGAGGUGGCAGCGUCCUGAUCACGUCCUGCACACCCGUGUACCGUCCCCUCGACUGACUCAGCAAACAUGUUUCACAAGAAACAUAUUUUAAGAGUUCUAAUAAUUACAUUAUUGAAGAAAAUGACAAUAAUCACGUUGAAGCAAAAAACUAAAGGUGCCGUGUUUAACAUUAAAACAGAUUCAACGUGAAA